AUGCACCGGAAACACCUCCAGGAGAUCCCUGACCAGUCGAGCAACGUGGCCACCAACUUCACUUGGGGAUGGGAUUCUAACAAGACCUCGGAGCUGCUGUCAGGCAUGGGGGUCUCCUCGCUGGAGAAGGAGCGCGCGGACAGCGAGAACAUCCCCCAGGAGCUGCUCUCCACCCUGGGCCACCCGCAGGGCUCCCCCAGGAAGCGGCUGCGGAGCAAAGGGAAUGACAAGGACUUUGUGAUCAUCCGCAGGCCCAGGCUGAAUCGAGAGAACUUUCCAGGGUAUUCCUGGGACUCGCUGCCCGACGAGCUGCUGCUGGCCAUCUUCUCGAGCCUGUGCCUCCCGGAGCUGCUGCACGUGUCCUGCGUGUGCAGGAGGUGGUACCACCUGGCGUUCGACGAGUCCCUGUGGCAGAGCCUGGACCUCACCGGGAAAAACCUGCACCCGGAAGUGAUUGGCCGGCUGCUGUCCCGCGGGGUGGUGGCCUUCUGCUGCCCGCGCUCCUUUGUGGACCAGCCGCUAGUGGAACAUUUCAGCCCUUUCCGCGUGCAGCACAUGGACCUGUCCAACUCGGUCUUCGAGGUGUCCACGCUGCAGGCCCUGCUGUCCCUGUGCUCCAAGCUGCAGAACCUCAGCCUGGAGGGCCUCCAGCUCUCGGACCCCAUUGUCAUGAACCUUGCGCAGAACUCAAACUUGGUGCGGCUGAACCUCUCUGGGUGCUCUGGCUUCUCCGAAUCCGCCCUGGAGACACUGCUGAGCAGCUGUUCCAGGCUGGACGAGCUGAACCUGUCCUGGUGCUUUGACUUCACCGAGAGGCACGUGCAGGUGGCGGUGGCGCACGUGUCGGCGACGGUCACGCAGCUGAACCUGAGCGGCUACCGCAAGAACCUCCAGCGGGCAGAUUUCUCUACCUUACUUAGAAGAUGCCCCAAUCUUGUCCACCUAGACUUAAGUGACAGCGUCAUGCUGAACCACGAGUGCUUCCCCGAGUUCUUCCAGCUCCACUACCUCCAACACCUGUCGCUCAGCCGGUGCUACGACAUCAUACCUGAGACUUUACUUGACCUUGGAGAAAUCCCCACACUAAAAACACUACAGGUUUUUGGAAUCGUGCCAGACGGUACCCUUCAGCUGUUGAGGGAAGCCCUGCCUCACCUCCAGAUCAACGGUUCCUACUUCACCACCAUCGCCAGGCCUACCGUGGGCCCCAAAGACCACCCCGAGAUCUGGGGCGUCCGCUGCCGGCUGACCGUGCAGAAGCCCAGCUGCCUGUGA